UGGACCGGGCCCAGCCCACCCCAGCUCAGGUUUGUCAGCAGGCGCAGGCUAAUACUAGCUGGUUCCUGCGCACACGCAAGGCAGACCUUGAGUCGGACCUAUCGCCCCCAACGCCCCGGCCUGGGUGUUGCCCUCGCCCACGCCUCCUGCCGGUCGCUACCACCCUUAGCUUCUCAGACUGAGCUCGGCGCCCCGGAGAGGAUUAAAACUGAGAGAGGCAGGGGUCUCCCGGCAAGGAUUCAGCUGUGCCAGUGGUCAUCACGGUGGUGGGAACUACAGCCUUGGACACUCCUAACGUCAGGAAUCAGUGGGCAAGUUGACUGCACACUGGCAGUCUCCCAGCAUCAGCAUGAACUCCAGGGUCCCAGCCACACAGAGCUGGUUCGGCAGCCACCCACCCACCACUGAGCCUGACUUGGAACCUGCCACUGAAGGUUCUACCACAGAGACCGCCACCCUCAGCCCAGAAACCACGAGCUUCAAUGACACCAGAAUCCCUGAUAUGGCAGGUGGUGCAGCUGGUGUGGGUACCAUGCUUCUGUCUUUUGGGAUCAUCACAGUGAUUGGCCUGGCUGUGGCCAUGGUUUUAUACAUCAGAAAGAAGAAGAGGCUGGAAAAACUGCGCCACCAGCUCAUGCCUAUGUACAACUUUGACCCCACGGAGGAGCAAGAUGAGCUGGAGCAGGAACUACUGGAACAUGGGAGAGAUGCAGCCUCUAUUCAGGCUGCUGCCUCCCUGCAGGCCACACAGGGCAAGAGCGCUCUCCCUUCCCAGGGCCCGCUGCAGAGGCCCAGCAGGCUGGUGUUUACCGAUGUAGCCAAUGCCAUCCAUGCUUGAGAGGCCAGAGAACAGGCCUGGACCUUUGACAAAGACAACUGCCAUGGUGCCGCCGGCAGUGCUACCCACUUCCUGACUGUCAAGACCUAUUCUCAGGACCAGAGCUGUCGCCACCAUUGAGGCAGGAAAGGGCUGCAACAGACCCCAGCUGUGCUGAGGCCCCACCUACUGACUCACAAGCUUGCAGAGAGAGCUCUGACCGGGCUAGUCAUUUGGCCUCUGACUUCUCCUGAACCCAUGGCUGUGGCGUGGAAGACAGCCUUUAUGAAGGAAGGCAAAGAGUUGGCUUCCUGGUCUCCUGUAUCCCUUGCAUCAAGGUCUGCUUCUCUGAUGGGGAGGAAGAGCACAAGUUUGAAGGGGAGUAACUUUUUUUUUUGAGGCUGGAGUCUCUUCUAGGAUAGAGAGAGGCAAACAGCCAAAUGACUGGAUCAGGGCAGGGCAGGGCAAUACUUUUUCUU